GUAUUACAUCAAAAAAUACUCGGACUGUUCGGUAGGAUUUGGAAGGAGCGUUAUGAAGCCAGGCUGCUGGACUUGUUUAAACUCACUCCUGAACGAUAGUUAUGUAGAAAUGAAUGGAUUUCUACAAGACGGAGAAGGCUGAUCAGUUGUCAACAGCAUACGUGUCUGGGGAAGCCAAAAGCACGGGUCUAGCCUAGCCGGCUAGGCUAACCAAUGUCAAGGCUAACCGAAAACACCGCAAUCGAAGGAAUAAACGAAUUUAACUGUAGGGUUAUUCCGACAUGUUCUAUCAACAUUAGCGAUAGAUGAGUAAGGCACGUAAUGUGUACAGCGCAAAUAAAUGUCAUGUAACGUGAGGAGCAUGACAGGUAUGUAUCACAGACUGUUAUAGCAUUAGCGUAACAUUAUCCAUCGAUUUAAGCAUUCAUUUCUGUCAUUUAUUCUGCUCUGUUUCUCAUUAUAAGACACGUUUGUUGGUGUAACACCAUUUUUUAUUGUUACUACAAGAUACUCAUGAUAGGACAAUUACAAACCGUUUAUUUAUUGCUCAAGUAGGAACGUGUUGGGUUAAAGUUAUUGAUGUAUCGGUGGGCAUGCAAUUGGAGAGACAGUCAGUUCGUGUUAUAACAAACGAAACUGAUAUGACAUAAUAAUUAAAGUAGACUUGUGCUAGCCAUAUAGUGUUUUAUUGUUUCCAUUAUGAUGAGAAAGUGUUCAUUAUAACAUGAUUAUUCAUUCAUUAUAACAUUAUAACACCUGUCAACAGUAGCAGGUCAUAAUGCAGUGAUUCAUGGUUGAAUCUGGUGCCUACUCAAUAUGUCUCAUUUUAGACUUAACUGCAACACCUUGGUAGAACGUAACAGGUUACUGUAUGUCUGCCUUACCAUUCUUGUUUGGUAUGUGCGAGAAUUCCCAAUUUCAUAAUAAUUUGAACCCUAUUUUUCUCAUCAGAUUAUGUCAGCAAUCAAGUUUGCCCUGCAGCAGAGCCAGAAGAAGGGCAGAAGGAAAACCUCUGAAGACACAUCUGCAGAGGUGUCGCCGGACUCCAAAUGUCCCAUCUGUUUGGACAAAUUUAACAACAUUUCUUACCUGGACCUCUGCCUACACAAGUUCUGUUUCCGCUGUAUUCAUGAGUGGUCCAAGAACAAAGCCGAGUGCCCUUUAUGCAAACAGUCCUUUAAUUCAAUCUAUCACACUAUAAAUUCAGAGCAAGACUUUAAGAAAUAUGACUUGCAACCGGUGGAAAACACCUCUUUUGGGACUUUUGGUGGAGUGCGGUUUAGAUACCGCACAACUCUUACCGGAGUCCAUCGACAGAUGCGGGGGAGGACCUCUCCGCCUCCAGACAAUGGAGUCAUGUUUGAAGCCUCGGCAAACCCUCCCCAACAGCCGCAGGACCGUUACAUCCGGCGGAUGAUGAUGAGGUUGGCAGCCAAGAGGAGAGCUGCGAGUGAAGGCCGGGCAGUGAACAGUCUCAGAGAGCAGGAAAUGGUCAACUUCAGGAGGGAACUGUACCGACGGGGGGUGAGGAUUCGGAGUGUCCGGGAUGGUGGCCGCUCCCGAGACACCGCGGCUGAGUUCUUCCGAAAAAAUCCCGCCUGCCUGCAUCGACUGAUCCCCUGGCUAAAAAGAGAACUGAUUGUGCUGUAUGGAGCCCACGGCUCUCUGGUCAACAUAGUUCAACACAUCAUCAUGUCGCGCAUUACACGUUACGAUAUGGAGGACGGAGCUAUCCAGGAAGAGCUGAGGCCGUUCCUCCAGGGGCGCACGGAGCACUUUCUGCAUGAGUUCAUCAGCUUUGCAAAGUCUCCCUUCAACAUGGAGGCCUAUGACCAGCAUGCUGUCUAUGACUGCCCGGCCGCUUCUUCAGAUGAAGACGGCAGCUCCAGUUCGUCCGUGAUCGCUAUCUCAGAGGAUGAGGAACACUCGGUGGAGUUGAACCCCCCAGGAGACCCCACGUCUUCGCUGAGCCACGCUGUGUGGGACGAUGAGACGCCGGGGCCGUCGUAUUCUACGACAGCAGAGCAGGGCAGGGCAGAGUGUCUGUCAGUCCUCGACUCAGACAGCAGUUUAGAGGAGGAGGCGCGUGAGUUUGGGGCCUCUCCACAGCAAACGAGUCCUCAUAACCAAACAGACGAGACUCGGGGUGAAGUUAACCACGAAGAGUGUCUGCCUUAUGACAGCGACGACUGUGUCAUUAUUAGUUUUGUGAAGCCAACAACAGACAGGACUCCUGAGCUGGUUCAGCUGUCCUCUGACUCGGAUGAGUCUGGCAGUGAAGAUAUUAAAGCAGUGCCUCUUCUACCUCAACACAUCCGCUUCUCUAGUCUCAGUCCUAUGGCUUCACAGAGCAGUGAUCCAAGCGGUGCUGGACAGUCAGAGAAUGCAGAAACUGACCGCUAUCAUCUGUUGGAUUCAAAAGAAAGAUGUAGCUCUUCAACAUCCAGCAGGCACAAGACAUCCAGUAAGUCGGGCAGAAAAGACAGAUCUAGGGAGAGGCUGUUGUCAAAGGACAGAGACCAUGGGAGGAAGAGGAGGUUACGAAGUGCAGAGCGCAGGCACUCCAGCAGGAGCCCGGUGAUGUCCCACAGCAGUGUCGGCACUCUAUCCAGAGAAGGAGGUUAUUCUUACUCCAGUGGCAGAGACUACUCAAAACGUGACGGCGAUUGCAUGAGGAGGGACAGUGAUCACAGCUAUCAGUUGUACAGGCAUUACAGCCAAGAGAAAAAUGAUGGUGGGAGGCAUUACACAGAGAGGCGGUCCUACUAUUACAGCAGCCGCAAGUUCACAGAUCGUCGCUCUUGCUCCAGGAGCCCCAGCAGGGACAAGCGUAGACGGGACAAAGGGCACUCUCGUUCUAGGACUUAUUCCAGCAGUCGCUCCCCUUCAACGAAACGGAGACCUCACAACAGCAAGCCUGGUGGAAAGAGGAAAUACAAGACGAGACAUUUGGAGGAAACAUCCAAAAACGCACUUUCAAACUCAAACGCUGAAGGUGACGCCCCCGUUUUAUCAACAAAACACAAGAAAAAGAGCAAAGAGAAGCGUCGGAAAAAAUCCAAAGACAGGUCGAGAAAGACGAGCAGGAGCGUCAGCGUGGAGCUCGUCAAUGAGGAAGACUGUCAUGAGCGAAGCAAGCUUCACCAUAAGAAGAAGAAGAAACACAAGAAGAAGAGCAGAAGGCACAAGAGUAACGAACGCACAGGGAAGCACUCGCCCACUGUCAUUACCAUCGAUAGUGACAGCGAUUCGUUUGAUAGUGACAGUGUCGACCAGGCCAGCAGCACGAACAAGGACAACCCAACAAUCGACAGUACCACAGAGGGCCCAGUUGACUCCGCCCCUCCGGACUCUCUGGAGUAGUUUUACAGAAGUUCAGAUUCCAGACAGUCAGAUUGGAGCUGAUGGAUUCACCCACCAGCAGCUACGGUCUGCCAGCAGUAUUUAACAUCAAAACAAUGGUCAAUAUGUUGCUAUGUUAACAUGACUGAGCUAACACUUAAACCCCUAAAAUGUUCCUGUUUAAUGUGCAAAGUGCCACUAUGAACGAAGGAGAAUCAAAUCAAAAUCAAAAUGUCUUUGUAUAGCACAUUUUAAAAUACAACUAAGGUUGCCCAAAGUGCUGAUGGACUUCUAUUGGGGAUUGCACAUCUUUUUUCAGUGUCGAUUCUUAUUCAGGAAAGUCAUUUUCUUUUAAUGGAUGUUUUUUAUUUCUAUGGUGCUCUCAGGGGUGAUAUUGAUCACAGUGAUUUUCUUUUGUCAUCAUAAGUCAGCUUUCUUCUUAAGACAAAACAAUUUCUAUCCGCUACACACAGAGUAGUUCUUACCCGGAGAUGGUGUUUGGGUCUCUGAAUGUGUUCUUUUGUGGUUAAUUUCAUUUGAAAUAAAUUGUAAUGAGCAA